AAAUUAUUUAUUUCACUAAACACUACAAGUCAAAAUGGGUGUUACUGGUUUAUGGAAGUUGAUUGACCCUUGUGGUCAACCGGUGCCAGUUGAAAUGUUGGAAAAUAAAAUUUUAGCUAUAGAUAUCUCUAUAUGGCUCCACCAAGUUGUCAAAGGUUUCCAAGACAAUAAAGGAUCAGCUCUAGCUAACUCUCAUCUCCUGGGUUUAUUUCAUCGUCUAUGCAAACUUAUGUAUUAUCGAAUAAAGCCGGUCUUUGUAUUCGAUGGAAAAGUUCCUUCUUUAAAAAGAGAAACAAUAGCAAAACGUAAUCAAAAAAGAAAUAAGCUAAACAACGAAGCUGAGAGAAUACAAACAUUAUUGUUACAAUCUCUGGCAAAAGAAAAAGUUGUGCAGCAAGCCCUUGGUUCUAAAGCUACAGAAGAACUCUUAAAAGCCUCACCUUCAAAAAAUAAAAAUCUUCAAAAUAAGCGGCCCGAUAUAGAUAGUAUAUUUAAACUUCCGGACAUGCCAAAAAAUGAACAUGCCGGUACCGAAACUGACGAUGACAAUUUGGAGCCAUCGUGCAGUUCCGAAUCGGACACUUCAUUUAGUGAAUCAAAAUUACGUUUAAGUAAUGAUCAAAACUUGCAGGCUAUUGACGUUAAGAGUAAAUAUUUCCGUAAUCUUCCGCCUGACAUUCGACAUGAAAUUCUUAUUGAUAUCAAAGAAACAAGAAAGCAAUCAUCUUGGGGUAAAUUACAUGAAUUACCAUCAAAAAGUAAUGAAUUCAGCACAUUUCAAAUGAAAAGAUUGUUAAAAAGACGACAGGUGCAAGAAAGUAUAGAAGAGGUUGAAAAAGAAAUGGAUGGUGUUAGAACAUUUACAAUAAGCGAGUUGGAGAAUAUUUUUAGCGAAGAGGGGAUCAUUGAAACUCCCGGCAUAAGCUAUACAAAACAUAUUUCAUCUGAUGCAAAUACUCGCUAUCUUUUAGUACAAAAUUUGAAAGAGACAUUAGCUAAUGAAGCUACUCAAAAAAUUAAUAAUGAUAAAAUAAAUUCUCCUCCUAAUGAGUCGAAAACAAAAGAUGAUAUAUGCGAUGAAGAUUUGGAAAAGGCGCUGAAAAUGUCUUUAGACGAUUCAGCACCCUAUAGUGAAAAAGACUAUGAUUACAGCGAAGGGUAUAAGUUAAAUAGCGAACAACGUGCACAGUUAAAACAUGCUGCUGUCGGACUUGCCAGAGACUUUAUGAUUGAAUAUGGAGGCAUGAAUAGUGAAGAUAUUAAAAAUCUCCUAGAGAACACUCAAAUCAUUAGUUAUGAUGAGGUUUCAAGUUUACAGGAUAAAAAUCAUGACAUCACAGCAGUUAAUGAUUUUAUAAAAAUUGAUACAAAACAUAUACAAGAAAAUAUAAAAGAAAUAAAAAAUCUGCAACCAACAAAGGAACCUAUAACUGAAGACUCCGCUAAAAAGAUUCAAGAAGAUACAAAAAUGUUACAAAACCAACAAACACCAAUAGAACCUUUAGAAGUAGGAAUUAUUUCAGAUAGUGAUUCCGAAAUGGAAGAAGUAAAUGAAAUAAACCACAUAUCAAACAUUGAAAUUUCAAACGAACCUAUAGCAUCAAAUGAAGACUCCGCUAAAAAGGUUCAAGAAAAUAUAGAAAUGUUAAAAAAUCAACAAACACCAAUAGAACCUUUAGAAGUAGGAAUCAUUUCAGAUAGUGAUUCCGAAAUGGAAGAAGUUAAUGAUAUUAACCACAUAUCAAACAUUGAAGUGUCUGAGGCUGAUAGUAAGAAAAUGGAAAUAUUUGUCGAUCUAUCUAAAACAGCUAAUCAAGAAGAAGAUAUGUUUGCUGAUUGUUUCAAAACAAUAGAAGAAAAAAAUAUUGAACCAAAACCGUCAUCAUUAAAUAUAUCCGACAUUUUUCAGGAUUUGAAAAAACAAGCCUCUGAAGCAACAAAAAUUAAUUUAUCUGAUAUAAAACUUGAUGCAACAAUAAUUGAAAUUUCAGAUGAUGAAAGCCAGCGCUUAAGCCAAAAACUAGUGUAUGAUAAUAAGAGUGAUAGUCUUAAUAAUUCAUUAGAAAAUAAUGUGAUAAAAGAAAUCCAAAAAACAUCAAAGUCAGAUUCCGAAAAUUUGUCUUCACCAGUUCCCGAGUGCAGCGAAAUUAUCCAAAUCGUCGAUCAAGAUUCACCACAAAAAUCAUCGAUUAAAUUGACACCAUCAAAAACAAAAGAUAUCUCUUCUUUUUUUGAAACUAAAUUUAUUGUUAAAAGAACACCAGAAAAAAGUGAAAAAAUUGAAGACAUUCCAAAGGUUAAAUCUCCAUUUUUUGUUCGAAAAACACCAAAAUCCAGCAGUGAAAAAACUCCCAGAAAACGAAGCCCUGCUAAUAAUGAUGAUUCUCCUCCUAAAAAGUCACUGAAAGUCAAUAAAAUGUUAUUUGAAAAAUGUGAUGAUGAAAGUAAUAGUGAAUUUAAAGAAAUCGUUAUUAAUCCACAAGAUGCUCUUGAAUGCGCAGCAAAAGCUUUAAAAGAAAACAAAUCAACAGAGGAACUAGAAGAUAUUGCAUCUAAUUUAGCAAGAGAAAAACUUGAUUUGGAAAAGGAAAGAAAUCGACAGGAUAGAAUGGGAAUGACGAUAACAGAAAAAAUGAACUCGGAAUGCAUGGAAUUGUUACGUUUAUUUGGAGUUCCAUUUAUUGUAGCUCCAAUGGAGGCGGAGGCACAAUGUGCAUUUCUUGACAGCAUUAACCUUACGAACGGAACAAUUACCGAUGAUAGUGAUAUAUGGCUUUUUGGUGGUAGAACGGUGUAUAAAAACUUUUUUGCUCAAAACAAACAUGUUAUGGAGUUCAAAUAUGAAAAAAUUAAAAGCUCAUUUAAUGUCGAUCGAAGUAAACUUGUUCAGCUCGCGCUAUUAGUUGGAAGUGAUUAUACUACAGGUAUUAAUGGAAUAGGUGCAGUGACUGCAUUAGAAAUUCUUGCAACAUUUUCUUCCAAGGAUCUCACAGAAAUUGCAGCCAGUCAACAAGCAUCUAUUGUAUUAACAAGUUUAACACAUUUUCGUGAAUGGUGGACCAAUACAAAAACAAAUACAGUGAUUGGUAGUUCCUUACGACAUCGACUUCGAAAUAAGCUGGCCAAUAUUGAAUUGCAUGGUGAAUUUCCAAGUUCUGCGGUCGUUGAGGCAUACCUUAAUCCAAAAGUGGACACUAGCCAAGACGCAUUUAGUUGGGGCACACCAGACUUGGAAUCAAUACGAGAAUUUGCAAGAACGAAUCUUGGUUGGACCAGACAUAAAACAGACGAAAUCUUAGGACCAGUCUUGAAAAAACUAAACGAAACAAAAACCCAAUCAACAAUAAAGAAUUAUUUUGCCACCAAGAGCAUUUCUUCCACAAAACAAAUGGCAGUUAGUAAACGAGUUCAAAACGCAAUAAAUAGCAUGUCCUCAGAUUUCAAGCCCGACGAAGAAGUGUGCAAAACUAAAAAAACAACACGAAGAAAAAAAACUGCAAAUGCACCUUCAGUUAGUGGACAAUCAACAGAUGAGAUAUUAGAAAAGAAAGACAAACCAGCAAGGAGGAAAAAUGUCAAUAUACCAAAGUCAUCAUCCACAAUACCCCAACGAGUAAAAGAUCAAGCAGAUAUGGAACAAAAGAAAAAACUUGCCGCUGAAAAGUUCAAACAAUCAAACAAAAAAAAGCAAAGCAAAUAAAGAUUUUUUUAUUAUUUAUAUUAUUUUAUCGCCCAAGAAAAUAUGAUAGAUUUUUGAAGCAGUGAAUGCUUAUUUUAAAUUAAGAAUACUAUAUUUUACCGUUUAGGUGCGAAUAUGCUAAAUUAUAACAUUGUUACAGCUUUUUUUUAAUAGUGAAAAUUUUCUUAGGAACAGCAUGAAAAUUGUAAACUUUUUUGUAAAAGUUCGAAGAACUAAUAAACAUU